UUUCCUGGAGUGAAUAUAAUGAUACCUUUUAUGAUGCCCUGUGGUUCAUAAAGAUCAAUAAAAAUGUUAAUGGUUAAUGUUUGACCGAAGGUGAAGGGAGAGGCCGGGAGACAGAGCAGAGUUGAAGGAGUGACCUCCUGGGAGAGACUCAAGUCACGGUGAGAGUCUCAACAAACGAAUGGAAGGCAUUUUUUAACCAUCAUUUUGUUACUUACAGAAAGGCAUUUGAAUGAAGAGUAUCAUGAUGACUCAAGCCCAUCUUCAUUCCCUGUGUCUUCUUAUACUUUAUUUGGCAGCUGGAUAUGGCCAAGACGGGAAGUUUAGUGGACCCCUGAAACCCAUGACAUUUUCCAUGUAUGAAGGCCAAGAACCAAGUCAAAUCCUAUUCCAGUUUAAGGCCAAUCCUCCUGCUGUGACUUUUGAACUAACUGGGGAGACAGAUGGCGUGUUUCAGAUACAACCAGAUGGACUUCUGUAUUGUGUCCAGGCCCUGGACAGGGAAGCGAGGGCUGUCCACAAUCUCCAGGUUGCAGCCCUGGACAGUCACGGAACCAUUGUGGAGGGCCCAGUCCCCAUCACCAUAGAGGUGAAGGACAUCAACGACAAUCGGCCCAUGUUUCUCCAGUCAAAGUACGAAGGCUCAGUGAGGGAGAACUCUCGCCCAGGAAAGCCCUUCAUGUAUGUCAAUGCUACAGACCUGGAUGAUCCUGCUACUCUCAAUGGUCAGCUUUUCUAUCAGAUUGCCAUCCAGCUUCCCAAAGUCAAUGAUGUCAUGUACUUUCAGAUCAACAACAAAACGGGGGCGAUAUCACUUACCCUGCAAGGAGCUAAGGAACUGGAUCCUGCUAAGAAUCCUUCCUACAGUCUGGUGGUCUCAGUGAAGGACAUGGGAGGCCAGAGUGACAAUUCCUUCAGUGACACCACAUCUGUGGACAUUCUGGUGAAGGAGAAUAUCUGGAAAGCACCACCACCCGUGACGAUUGUAGAAAACUCCACGGAGCCUCACUUCUUCAAAAUCACUCAGGUGCAGUGGAAUGAGCCAGGUGCACAGUAUUCCCUAGUGGAGAAAGAGAAGCUGCCGAGGUUCCCGUUUUCCAUCGACCAGGAAGGAAACAUUUACGUGACGCAGCCCUUGGACCGAGAAGAAAAGGACUCGUAUGUUUUUUAUGCAGUUGCAAAGGAUGAGGUUGGAAAACCACUUGCAUACCCACUGGAAAUUUAUGUGACUGUUGAAGACAUCAAUGAUAAUCCACCUAUGUGUCCAUCUGCACUGACUGUAUUUGAGGUCCAGGAGAAUGAAAGAUUGGGCAGCAAUAUUGGGACACUGACUGCCCAAGACAGGGAUAAGGAAAACACCCCCAGCAGCUUGUUAAUGUACCGGAUUGUGGAGCAAGUCCCCAAAAUUCCUGCAGAUGAACUCUUCCUGGUUGAAAAAUUUGAGGGGAAGUUCCAGUUGGGUAAACAGUCCUUGAAGAAGCAAGAUACCCCUCAGUACAAUUUAACAGUAGAAGUAUCCGACCAAGAUUUCAAGACCCUCUGUCUUGUGCAAAUCAACGUUAUUGAUAUCAAUGAUCAGAUCCCCAUCUUUGAAAAGUCAGAUUAUGGAAACCUGACUCUUGCUGAAGACACAGGUGUGGGGUCCGUCAUCUUAACCAUCCGAGCCACCGAUGCUGAUGAGCCGUUUACUGGGAGUUCUAAAAUCCUCUAUCGGAUUAUAGAGGGAGACAGUGAGGGACGACUGGAGGUUGACACGGAUCCCCAAACCAGUGUGGGCUAUGUCAAGAUCAAAAAGCCUCUUGAUUUUGAAACGGCACCCGUUUCCAACAUUGUGGUCCAAGCAGAAAAUCCGGAACCUCUGGUGUCUGGUGUUUCAUACAACGCGAGCUCCCAAGCCAGAUUCCAGCUCACUGUGACAGAUGUGAAUGAAGCACCCCAGUUUUCCCAGUAUGCUUUCCAAGCCACAGUCAGUGAGGAUGCACCUGUUGGCACCAAAGUGGGCAAUGUGACUGCCAAGGAUCCAGAAGGCCUGGACGUAAGUUAUUCACUGAGAAACGACAAGAGAGGGUGGCUUAGAAUCGACUCCGCCACCGGGGAUAUCUUUACGGUGGCUCCGCUGGACAGAGAAGCUGAGAGUGUGUAUCAGGUACAAGUAGUGGCCACGGAAAAAGGCAGGUCCUCCUUGAGCUCCACCACGGAUUUCCUACUGAUCCUUCAGGAUGUGAAUGACAACCCCCCGCGGCUCGCCAAGGAAUACACAGGCUUGUUCUUCUGCCAUCCCCUCAGUGCACCUGGAAGUCUCAUUUUCGAGGCCACUGAUGAUGAUCAGCUGUCAUUCCGGGGUCACCAGUUCAUAUUUUCCCUUGGCAGUGAAAGCCUAAAGACAGACUGGGAGGUUUCCAGAAUCAAUGGUACCCAUGCCAGACUCUCUACAAAGCACACAAAUUUUGAGGAGAGGGUUUAUAACAUCUCAGUCCGCAUCAGUGAUAUGGGCCGGCCACCCUUGGAAGGGACUGUCACUUUACCAGUUACUUUCUGUUCAUGUGUGGAAGAAAGGUGUUUCCGGCCAGCACCGAAACAGUCGGGAAUACCCACUGUGGGCAUGGCAGUUGGAAUCCUCCUGACCACCUUUCUGAUCAUUGGGAUAAUUUUAGCAGUCGUGUUUAUCCGCAUGAAGAAGAAUAACAGCAAAGAUAAUGUUGAAAAUGCUCAGGCACCUGAAGCCAGACCCCUGAGAAGCUGAUUUUGAAAGCAAUGUUUAAGUUUAUACAUCAAGUGCUAUUUCAAUAACACAGCAGUUAGUCUCAUAAUUUUACUUUUCAUCCAGCAGAUGAAUAUUUACAGCAGAGGAAUAUUUACAGAUAUUCCUUCUUGCCAUUUAAUUUUAUACUACUUAUAUGUUUCAUGUGCCAUGGACAUUAGAGAGAUUUUCCAUUUUCCCAUGACAUUUUUCCCUUCUGCAAACCCCCAAACCAGAAAUGUCUGUGGUUUUCUCCUUUGGGGAAGGAUGUGCUGAUUAAAUUCCCUGUACAUUUUUUUUUUUCUUCAUCACGAAGAUUUAUCAGUUGUCUACUACAGAACUUCCUGGAUUCCAUUUAUGCUUUUUCUCAUUCCAACCUGUGUUCCCUUCAUCAAUAUCUCCUUUGGUAGAGCUCACUGAAUUUAUAACAUUUGUCAGAGAAAAGAAAAAAGAGCGGCCUCAGGAGGAAAAAAUAAAAGAGCAUCCUUGUCCCUUAGUACCAACAGGAACUCUUCUGUGUUGUUAUUAACUGUCUUUAACCCCGCAUGGCUGAUGGGUGCUCUUUGACUGAAGUUCAUCAACUUGGGGAUUGGGGAUGUAUGGAACAAAGUUAUUGUUUCCACAGAGGCCUCCUUCCCAAACCUCGGUACUGGAGCCAACAGGUGGCUCAAGUCUACUCACUACCCAUCAUGCUAUAUGCUGCAUGUGUCGUCUCUAUUUGUGUAUUAAUAAAACUUUGGUUAUUGUAUAUUUAACAUGUGGAAGAAAAUGAGGAAGCAUGAAAGGAGCAGUGACAAAAGUCAAGAAUAAAUGUUGGUUGUGGUGGUUUUUGUGGCCCUGCUCAGUCUCUUUGGCUGUGUUUUCUGGUUCUUUUCAUCUGUUUAGGGGAUGGACUGCCUAACAACGGUUACCUACUGUUUAUCAAAACUGCCUCCCCUGUAGAAUUAGCACAUGUGGAGAGCCCCACAGUAAAAUAAAAUUCCUUGAUAAUGGAUCCAGGUGUUCUAGGGAAGUAUACCAGAAAUGUUAAAUCCAAGAACCUUAGAAAUGUCAAAGCAUUCUGGACUUGGAGCUAUCCUCCAGCUCCUGAUUUGAACAUGGAAUUUAAACCAUGAUGAACCCAACUGUGAAAGAUGUUCAAGCAGGCUAAGGGCUGGAUUUUUCACAAAUAAUCUUCUUUAUGAUCUGUAUUUUUAAAAGGCAAGAUAAGUAAAUAUCCAGAGUCUGUUUUGAAGUGCUCAGGAUCACUUUCUUCUAUUAUACUGUGCUUCAAACUCUAACCUGACUUUUCACACAGGGCUUAUGGGAAGCUUAAUGGUAAAGGUAUCUCCUAUCUUAGCUCACAUUCAAAGACUAAAAAAAAAAAUCCAAGAGUACCAAAGCAAAUUUACUUUGCAGAUUGUGCCCUAAGCUGAGCAGUAGUGCAACUUUCUCAUCAGCUCUGCAAGUAUUUUACUUGUAUGUUUUUAACCAGUGGGGAACUGUGGUAGGACAUUUAGACCAAUUCAAUUCGCAUUAUUGCUUGUCCUGCUUAUAGCAUUGCUAAGACAGAGGCAGUCCUGAGGCUGC